AUGCCACCAGCUUCUUCUAACCUGGUAUCCAAGGAUCGGUUUGCUCAUUUGUUCGGUGGUUUACGGACUCAGAGCUACCCGGAUCCUAAUGCGCGUGGCCCGGGUUCUCAUAGCAUCCGUACUUUAGCAUGGAACCCGACGGGAACGUUGAUAGCUACCGGGUCUGUUGAUCGAACGCUGCGCAUCUGGAACCCAGAACGACCUGAUGUGAGAUACUCGACCGAGUUGCGCGGUCACUCUUCCGGCAUCGAGCAGAUAGCAUUCAAUCCUGUGAAGGAGUCGGAGCUAGCCAGUUGUUCAAAGGAUGGAACCGUCCGCUUCUGGGAUGUCCGCGCAAAGAACUGCGUUGGCCGUGUCGAUGUUGGAGGGGAGGCCUUUUCCCUCGCAUGGUCCCCUGAUGGAAGCAUACUGCUGGCUGGGAGAAUGGACGACACAUUAGUUCCUAUAGCCGUCGAACCAGUAACUAUAUCUACCGAUCCCCCGCCCAAUACGCCAAAGGCACCAUCAACUUACAGAGCAUUACCUCACCAUAAACAACCUGUCCGUACAAAUGGGAUUGCAUUUUCACACUCCUUCGAUGCCAGCCUCUUCCUUACCACCGGGGACGGGGCUGUCAAGAUUGAAUCUUACCCAUCUUUUACCAGUUUACACACGCUCAACGCCCACACAGCCGCUUGUCUCUGUGUCUCGCUUGCGCCAACUGCAAGGUAUCUAGCUGUUGGCGGAGGAGAUUCUCUCAUUUCUCUCUGGGAUACAACGAAUUGGGUAUGCCAGCGUACUGUCUCAAGUAGUGGCGGCGGAGCUGUUCGUGGUAUCAGCUGGAGUUGGGACGGACGAUUUAUAGUGGGUGCCUGUGACGAAGCAGACUGUGGAGGCACUGGGCUGGAAAUCUUCCACGCAGAAACUGGAGAUAGUGUAUACACUAUACCAACGGGCAAUUCUAACGUUGGUGUCCCUGCCGUGGCCUGGCAUCCAUCCCGUUAUUGCCUUGCGUAUUCUCUAUAUGCAGAGGGUAUUGGAAGUGGCAAUAAUGGGCUACGCAUUGUGGGAGCUGGCGCUGGUGACUUUUAA